GUCUGGGUGCGUCAUCAUAUAAUCAUUUAUCGUUUACAGAAGAAACGGUUUUACAAUAACUGUGGUGUUAAAUAAAGAAAAUCAUAAUUUUUAAUGUUAUGUUUAAUGAAAGUAUAAAUACUUUUUCAGUGUAAGAGGACAUUUUUUCACGGAUUUACUGGAAGCGGAGAUGCUGAGCAAAUAAACGCUUGCGCGCGCUGCGGUACAUGCGCUCAGGUCGCGCCGCGGAGACUCACAAUGAGAGCGGUGUAUUGGACGUUCCUGCUCCUCUCAGUCAUUACGGCUUCACUGGCAGCCCAGCGGUCUGUGAGGAGUAAGAGAGGUAUAGUUGAGCUUGGUGGCAUCAUAAAAUGCAGCACAGGCAGGAUGGCUUUAUCCUAUUUGUCGUAUGGAUGCUAUUGUGGGCAUGGAGGUAAAGGCUGGCCCAGAGACGACACAGACUGGUGUUGCCACAAGCACGACUGUUGCUACGCUAACGCGGAAGCCGCAGGCUGCGAGACGAUGACUGACGAGUAUCUUUGGACUUGUAAAGACCAAGAGGUUGACUGUGAUUCCAUCACUGAUCAGUGUGAGAAAAUGCUCUGCCAGUGUGACAGUGAAGCAGGCCAGUGCCUUAGAAAUGCCCCUUACAACAAGAAAUAUGCCUUGUGGCCAAACUUUCUAUGCGGGUCUAUCUAUCCUACCUGCAAUAUAUACUAAUCUGUUUUAUUGUAAAUUUCCUCCUAUUUUUCUUUUGUUUGAUUUAUGGUUAUUUUCUGUCAUAUACAUCGUUGUCUUUUGACGAGUGACAAAUUAAAUAAAAAUGGUGGCUCUGUUAAA